CAAUGUCACUAUGCUUCUAAAAUCCAUUGAGAAUGUAUCGGAAAUGGAAGAAGACUUCGCAAAUUUGGCGAAACACGGCCUUGUUGUGAAGAUAAGUUGUCAAUUGUAUUUGGAACGUUUUUCUUAACUCCCCAAUCUUGGCUGUGAUGUGGUAUGUGUCUCAGGGGUGGGGAUUGGGGCAUCGUCUCCAGUAAUGGUGCACAUUUAUUGUAUUCUAAUCACAUUUUCAAGCUACCUAUAACUCAAGGAGAAUUAUAAUUAAUCGAAUAUAUUCCUCUUGCUUGCUUAGCCUACGUAAAGUUCUAGAUAUUGCACACAAAUGUUGAAAAACAAAGAAUGGUUGGUUUAUUAAAAUUCUCUCCAUUCCUUGCAUGUGAUGUUUAUACCUUUUCAUGCAAAAUCUUGGACGCACACCUCCCACGUGACGCAUCCGUUUUUAAAUUAGAUUUGAAACAUGAAAAUGGCUAGCACAUUAAAUGUGUAUUUAAUACCAGUGGCGAUUUUAGACCCUUUUUAGGGGUGCUCAAAAUGUAAUCUCAGAACCCCUAAAAAUAAUAAUAAUAAUAAAAAAUGUAAUGGCCGUGGCCAACACAGUGCUUUGGGGCUAUCGUGUAGUUAUUAUCAGUGACCUAUGCACUUUUAAAGCUCUCUCUUGGAAGUCGCUUUGGAUAAAAGCAUCUGCUAAAUGAAUAAAUGGAAAAUGUAAUGGAGCACAGCAUUUUACCCGUGUUUCCAGACUUUACAACUGCCUCUGGAACCAAUCGUCACUCCUAAUGCCUAAACCACACAGCCAAUCAGAGGCAGCGUGGGAAGAGGUUUACAGACCCAUCUCACAUCUAGUAGAAACUAUUUUAAUACAAUAUAAAAAACUAUGUCUAUUGGAUGUGUGUUAGCUUUACACUGGUUUGAGAGUGCACUAAAGGCUCUGAAGGAACGAGGAGGAGCCCAAGAGCUGCACACCCUGCUGGAGGCCUUCUAUGACUUCUUCUUGCUUGUAUGUCAGAUCACUAUAGAAGGCAAAGGACAGUGGACCAGUCUGUUCCUUCUGCAAUUAGGAGGGGUGGUGACAGACUCUGGGGUAAAGUUCGACUUAAGAUUGGAGGCCAUUAGGACAUUUAACGCCAUUCUGGACAAGAUGACGAGAGAGGAGAGAAAGAAACUCAACCUAUCUUCAGAUCAUUCUCUGCUCCUUGGAAAGUUUGGCAAGGGGAUUCUUCACGUGGGGGACUAUGAGAUGCAGGUGAGCCUGUCUGAGGCUUUAUGUAGGAUGACAGCCAGGAAGUGGAGGAAGGAUCUAGCCACUGGUUGGUUCUCCAAUCCAGCCUUUGCCUCAUCCUUCAGCAUUAUUAAGGACGGAGAGUUUGAAGUUCUGUUCAAACCUGAAGAUGACAACUUGGAACAGUACUGGAUAGACUUCAACCUUGGGUCAUCCUGUGUCAGCUUCUUUAUUAACGACCCUGAAGCAUCGCUCUGGGAGUCAGUACACCUUACCAGAGAGAUUGUGUACAGAUACUGCAUCAGAGACUGGGAUGAUCAGACUGUUCUUACCAUUCACCUGACCAAUGCCAUCAGCCACCACAAGACCAAGGGGAGGAUGGUGAAGAUCUUUUUUGACUCUUGUCAGCCCAUUCUAGAGGCAGCCAAGAUGGUGUUCCACGCCUCAUCUCUCGUGCCAUAUAUUCCAGAAAAACAUCAGCCAUCCCCUGCAGACCCAAUAAACAUCCUGUCAACAGACUUCCAGAAAGGAAAACCUAAGCAGGAUGCUUGUCCAGUGGAAGGAUCCGGAGGCAUGGUGCAGGACUUAUUUCAGCUUCCUGACAACUCUUCUGACACAGAGGUGAACAAAGCCAAAAGUCAUCUAUUCAGUCAGUCAGGCUCCUCAGAUGGGUACGUUUUCACCCCUGACUGUGAACUGUUACUCUGUUCAGUGUUAACAUGUCUUCCUGUGGCUUGCAGCUCCUCCCACUGUACCCCAGAAAACAAGGAGAAACCAGCAUGGCAGCAGAGCCUCGGUGAAACUGGAGGUGGUAUGCCCCGGAGCAAAUUGAACUACAGCAGGAAGAAACCUAGGACUAAGAUUAAGCUGAAAAUUCUUCCCCUGUCUUCUCCCAGCAGUACAGACGAGACCAGACCUGUUAAGAGUGCCUACAACAAAGGUAUUUCAGAGCAGCUGUUUGACAAACACAGAGACCAAACCAUGGAGAUUCCUCAUUCAGUUAAGAUGGCUGGCAUAGACUCAGGAUUCCCAGACAUAACAACCCAUCAGGAUGAUGAAAAACAAUAUGCAUCUACACCAAUGGUCUUUGCACCCAGCCAGAACCCACCAGCACCAAGGAAGAGACUUCUAUCAGAUUGUUGUGAGAUGCCUUCCAUUGGAGCCAAGAUGAAGAGAAAUAUGUCGGGUCCUGGCCUGAAACCCAGAGUGCUGUUUCCCUCCAGCCCACUAGAGGAGGCUACAGAGUCACUGAGCAGAACUCUGGUUGGGGAUGUGGAGUCAGAGACUGAAAUGGGCUCUGGAGUCAUCACUGCCUUCCAGACCUUCAAAACUCAACUGAGAGCACACUUCUCUUCGAGGUACAAGCAGAUAGAGGCCCAGUCCCAGCAGGCUUUGACGGACUGCCAGCAAAACGUUUCUUCACUCCUCAGUGCUGUCCACCAUCACAGGUUGGGCCACCUGGAGCGCUUCCAAGCCACAGUUGUUCAGGAGUUGGGACGACUAGAGGACGACUGUCUGUCUCUUAAGACCAUUGAGAAGGAAACUGUGAGUUUCUGGCAGAGAGAGUCCCAGGCCGUAAAGUUAUUCUGUGACCAUCAGCAAAAGAGGUUGACGUCGUAUGAAUCGAGAGAGAAUGGCCAAACCGAGGCAUCAGAUUUUGUGGUACACAUGUAUCCAUUUUUAUUCAGUGGACAUACUAACCUCUCUACAAUCUUCACCUGGGCAUACUUGUAUGUAUGACACACCUGUUUCCCCUCUCCCGCCUGUCUCCCCCUCCUCUCAGGUAAACCCUCUGUAGAGAUAAGGGAGAAGGAAAAACCUGAGGGCUGGAAGGCUUAACCAGUCACAUGAACACGUCUGGACUGGUCUUAGUGGAACAAAUAUUUACAAAAAAAGAAUGUAAUGUCAAGUUCAGGUCACCUCAGUUAAACAUUACUGUAAUAAAGCAGAGUGGGAUGGACUCACAGUACUUCCUAUUUCCUCUUUUUAUUGUGGUUAGAGUAGACAGAAAAUACCCUGCCACAACACGCUGACAUUAAUGUAUGAUUCUAAUAGUGAACUGCAGGAUAAUGCAUGUUGGAGAUUUGAUAUAUUCAUGAAUCUGUCAAAUGUAAAUCCACAUCCAGGGCUACUGUCCCUGGGUGUAGUGUAGGAGGAGGGAGUGGAGGGCUGGUGUCCCCGGGUGUAGUGUAGGAGGAGGGAGGGGAGGCUAGUGUCCCUGGGUGUAGUGUAGGGGGCGGGUAUAUGAAAGCAUAUCAGUGACUGUGAACAAAUGUUUUGAAUUUUAAAAGGCAUUGAAUACUUUAAUAUUGAAAUUUAAACAAGACUGAAUUCUCAUAAGAAUAUAUUUCAAUGUAAAAUAAAAUUCAGGUUGCUCAAAUUCGAGCCGAUCUUAAAGAAUUCAAGCUUAAAAUUUCAAGCCCAAAAAAUUCAAGCAUGAUUUUAUAUUUUUUGAGCUUAAAAAAAUCUGAUUCUAACAUCUGGGAUACCAAGGAUAGGCAGAGCAAUCGAGCCUUAAUGCAAGAUUUGAUCACAUCGGACUCACUGAAGCAUGGUUGUUUUCCCUGUCACCCAUCAUGUGUUUUCUCUUCUUUAUUGGUCUACCAAUCCUUUGUAUCCCAGAUGUUACAAUCGGAAUUUAAGGUCGACAUUUUUCUACUUGAAUUUAAUACAAAAAUGUUUUGGGCUUAAUUUUUUUUGCUUGAAUUUAAGCUUAAAAAAAAUUGGCUCGAUUUGAUCAACCUCAAUUUUAUUUUACAUUGACAUAUAUUCGUAUGAGAAUACAGGGAGUGUACAGAAACUUUGAGAAGACACAGGAAUCUUGCCACCUACACAUUCAGUCCCAUGACUACACAGGUAUAUACACACACACCCUCAGUAUCCUGGCUACAUAAGUAUAUACACACACUCAGUACCAUGACUAUAC